UCAGCUGUGCAGGAGAGAGAGACAGCAUCAGCCAGCAGCUCAGUUCCUCGCCGGCUGUAAACAAAACGUUACACAAAACUUUGUGGCGUAAUUAUUAGUGACUUAAUAAUGUUCAAAGUGUCGAUUUGUUCAAGAUAUUUUGCUGCUUCAUUCAGUCGAAGCUAUAGUAAAAUACCGGACCGUCCUUGGAUUCUGGGCAUAGAAACGAGUUGUGACGACAGUGGUGCUGCGAUUGUAAGUGGGAAUGGUACUGUUCUAGGCGAUUGCAUUCAUUCUCAGCAGAACAGUCAUCUCAAGUUUGGCGGAAUUAUACCACCCGUUGCCCAGGAUUUCCAUCGGUUACACAUUGAUAACGUUGUACAGGAAACAUUCAGACGUUCCGACAUUGACUGUUCACAACUUGACGCAAUCGCCGUUACAAAUAGACCAGGAUUACCGCUGAGUUUAAUAGUUGGCUUGAGAUAUGCAAAGUACUUGGCUAGGAAAUACAGAAAACCUAUUAUACCGAUACACCAUAUGGAGGCUCAUGCUCUAAUGGCGCGGAUGACCAACAAAGUGCCAUUUCCUUUUUUAUGCAUACUGAUCAGCGGAGGUCAUUCCUUGUUAACGCUAGUAAAGAGCACAAGUCAAUUCUAUCUGCUUGGCGAAACGUUAGACGAUGCCCCAGGAGAAGCGUUUGACAAAAUCGCGCGACGUUUGAAGUUAAGAAAUCUACCAGAGUAUGCUUGGCGUUCUGGAGGACGGUCAAUUGAGCAAGCGGCCAUGUCUAGCGAUAACCCGCGGAAAUAUGACUUUCCGCUACCGUUGUCCCACUAUCGAGAUUGCCAGUUCAGCUUUGCUGGAUUGAAGAACACUGCAACUAGACACAUUCUGCAGCAGGAGAGGGAAUUAGAUCUAGACCCAGACGCUGUAUUACCCGACUACCAGGAUUUAUGCGCAGGAUUUCUAAAUGCAGCAGCCCGUCACAUAUCGCAGCGAACACAGCGCGCAAUACGGUUCUGCGAAAAAGAGAAACUCAUUGGUUCAGAUGAUGCGAAAUUCCUCGUAAUAUCUGGAGGUGUCGCGUGUAAUGAUGCCAUAUUCAAUACUGUGUCCAAUAUGGCAAAGGGAUUUGGUUACACGACCGUUAGGCCCGAACGGCAGCAUUGUACGGAUAAUGGAAUAAUGAUAGCCUGGAACGGUGUGGAAAAAUUCCUUGUUGGGGAAGACGUCACGAUGGAUUAUGCAUCGGUUGACAUUGUUGGUAAAACAAAACUAGGUACGUCUUUGAUAGAAAAAGUUAAAAGUGCAAAUAUACCUAGUAAAUGUUAACAAAUCUUUUAUUGUGAGAUAAGUAUUACAAAUAGCCUUUGAUUAUGUUUUUAAGAAAACUAGUAGGGCGCGAAAUAACCUGAGAAAUCUUUCAGAUUAGUGAUCCUUUAUAUGAGAGAUAAGCGGAAGUAAAAUGGAAUGAUUUGGCAACAGACCAGCCAUGCUGAGUUUGCUCGGCGUCUAGAAUAAUAUUGUAACACGGACAUGACUUUCUCAUUGCUAAAAAGGGUAUUUUGUUUGGUUAUAAAUCUUUGAGCUACAUUUUCAAAUUGAUAAACAGCUGAAAAAUAUCAACAACU